AUGAGCUCCAUCAUCGUGCGCCUCAGAUGCGAAAUCGGACUUUAUCGCAUCGAGAUUGAGAGUAGCAAAAGGUUGACCGACCUGAAAAGUAAAAUUGAGGAACUCUUAAAUGUUCCGUUAGAAAAGCAGGUGCUUUUUCUACAAGAGGAACCUAACGUCCCGUUGACGGACAAUGGAGCGUUGCUCGAGCAGUGUAAAAUUACCCAUGGGUCUAUCCUUCAUUUGAAGAGUGAGGUGAAGCCGACCACGGGUGGUGGUGGGAGUGCCAAAGGGAAGAGCGACAAGAAGGGCGGUAACAACAAUGAGUGUAAUGAAACAGAUGCAAAGAAGAAGAAGGGGUUCGAACAAACACAAGGGGGGGGUAGCGGCAUGGAUGGGGCUGGUUACCCUUAUAGUGAAAACCGUGUGACCCCCCAGAAGGAAAAAAAAGAAGAAGGGAAAAUGAAUAACGAAAAGGAGAAGAAUGAAAAUCAGGCCAACUUCAAAUCAUUUGAUUAUUUCUUAAAAACGAGAGAAUAUAACACGACAGAUCUCCCCCUGAAUCUAACCUACGAGUCGGUGUUUCUGUGUAAGGGACGGUUCAUUAAAAUCCCACUGAGUGUGACCCUGAAGCAUCAACAGUAUCGCCAUGUAGAUCACCUCGAACUUAUGAACGUGGAAGAGGUGAAAAACUUUGUACAAUAUUGGUAUACAAAUGGAAGCAUGUGUGAACACCGGGUUGGUUGGAUGUAUGGUUACUACAGGGAAGACCCUCAUUACACUUUAGGCAUUCGAGCCGUGUGUGAAUGUAUAUAUGAACCUCCACAAAUAAAUGAGGUAGAUAAGGUUAAACUUCUACCAGAUGAUUUCCUCGACUCUGUUGAUGUGAUUGCAAAUCGAUUAGGUUUAGAACGAAUUGGUUGGAUCUUUACACAUCUACCAAGGAAAGAACAUUUAACAUCGGAAGAAGUGGUUCAGAUAGCUAAAUUGCAGCUAGCUAAUUUGAAGAAAAAUACACAUUAUACAAAUUAUAGUGUCUCCAAUUUUAUCACUUGCACUAUUUCACCUGACCCUAUGUUAAGUAAUGAACCAGUGACGAAUGCCUUCAUGGUGUCUGACCUAGGGAUGGCAUUAAUUCGAUCCAAUAUGGUGGAUCCGAUACAAAAAGAUCCUUCUGUUAUACAAUUGAGGAAUCCUAUGCGCAACGAGCUUCUUCCUCUCAUCCUGGAAGGAGGAAAAGAAACGAACAAGUUUGAUGCAGACUGGUUCAUUGUUCGUAUUAAUGAAUCAGCCCCUAAGGUCGUUAGGUCCCUUUUUAGAAACUUCCACUUCCCCAGGGAAAAUCGGCUGCGCGCGCCCUCUGCCUACGACGUGAAGGAGUACUUCUCCAGCCCCAAGUUGGAGAGGGGCACCAAUGGGAUGCACAGGUGCUCCGACUUCCAUUUGAUUUUGUUCGCCUGUCGCGUGCUCGACAUGGAGACUGCGCUCGCCCUCUGCGACGCCGCGCUCGGCAAGAAGGAGAUCGACCCCAUCAUAGAGGAGAUCCUCACCUCGGUGAAGGUGUAG